UCCGUUAGUGCCACCAAGUGGUUUUUGUUUCUGAGCUAGAGGAAUGUUUGGUUCAACGACGAACCUUCGGAGGAUUGUACGUUGACAGCGACUUUUAUUCUCCCCAAUAAACGAAGAUUUAUCAUUAUUAUUUUUUAAAAGUUUCCUCAUUUUCGUCUGGAUUCUAACUUUCUCUUGUUUUACUGCGGAACUUGAAAAAUUGCGCAACUUUUUCCUUCUCACCAGUUUCAAAUCUGCGAGUACAGACUUUAAAUUUGGAGGAAUGCCACUCAGACGUGUUGCUGUGAUCAUCAUUUUGUGCUUCACAGUUGGUGUUGGGGCCACGGUACAAGACAUCUACAAUGACGUAGCUCCGGAGGACGACUACACAGCACAACUAGACUACAAAGACCCGCAUUGGUGCCAUUCUCCCAGCCUGACCAAUGGGGAGGUGAUGUGCCACUCCCCUCGAGGGAGGGCCUACUGGAGCUCGCUGGGAAGUCGCUGUCAGAUGAGCUGCGAUCGUGGAUACAGACUGCUGGGGAGGAGAUCUAUUCAAUGUCUUGCCAACCGCCGCUGGUCUGGGACGGCUUUCUGCCGCAAAAUGCGUUGUCAUGUGCUGCCACUAACUCCACACGGCAAGUACACCUGCACUCACGGCUUCAUGGUGGAUUCUAGGUGUGACUUCACCUGUAACCCCGGCUACCGUAUCGAGGGGGAACACUCCCGAACGUGUCUGCGUGGGGGAUCGUGGAGCGGUCCACAGCCCGUUUGUUCAGACACAGACCCUCCGAAGAUCAAAUGUCCUCCAUCCAGACUAAAAGUCGCAGAACCUGGAAAACUCACAGCCACUGUGUCCUGGGAUCCUCCUGCUGCAACGGACACUGCUGAUAAAACGCUCGAGGUGAUACUUGUUGGCCAGGAGCCAGGGACGGACUUUAAAGAGGGACUGACAAUUGUCCGAUACAAAGUGUACGAUCAAGCCAGAAACAGGGCCGCCUGCAAGUUCAUUGUCCGUGUUGAGGUGAGAAGAUGUGUAGCUCUAAGUGCACCCAUGCACGGGUACCUCACCUGCUCCUCUGAUGGGAAUAACUACGGCGCAACAUGUGAGUACCACUGUGACGGAGGGUAUGAGCGGAGGGGCGUGUCCAGCCGGGUUUGCCAGUUCGACCGCAGCUGGAGUGAAGACGCCGCCGAGUGUGUUCCGAUGGAGUUUAAAGCAGACGUGAGGACGGUGGGUGCGCUUCUGGAUCAGUUCUAUGAGAAGAGGAGGCUGCUGGUCUUGUCUGCACCUGACCUCAGUGACUCAGACUACAAACUGCAGAACAUCAUGAUACAAAAAGCAGACUGUGGAUUAGAUCUGAGACACGUCACGGUGAUCGAACUCCUUGGAUUACCACCUAAUGAGACGGGCCGCAUCAGGGAAAAUCAACUGGAUUCUGAGGUCAUCGAGGGUUUGAGGCAAGUGUUCAGAAUCUCCAGAUCCUACUUCAGCAUGGUGCUGCUGGAUACGUUCGGAGUGGACAGAGAGCGGUUCAUCACUCCAGUGGGAUCAGAUGAGCUCUUCUCCUACAUCGACAGCUUCGUGCUGGACGAGGAGGAACGAGAGAAGCUGGAUCUCCACAGGGAGCUAUGUGACUAGUAUUGCAAACCUCAACGGAUGCCAAA